CGGCCAGGCGAAUCCAGCCGACCCGGAACUUUUAAGUUAACUAAUCGCACUCAAAACUUUUUGUGAAGUGAUUUCUACAGAUUUUUCUAACGGUUCAGAUGUCUUGAUAGGAGAACAAGCCUCGGUUGACUGACUUCGUUCCUCCUGAACGGUAAAAAAGACAGUUGCAAAUGUUUCUCGCUCCGACUGCGGCGGUUCCUGCAGGAUAGUAGCUCUCGACUUGCCUUUUCAUACCAGCAGCUGAAUAGUGGUGGAGUCAAGAGGUGCCAUCAUGCCACAGCAGAAGGACAUAGUGAAGAUAGCCAUCCAGAUGCCUGGGGCCUACCCCCAGCUCAUACAGCUGGACCAGAAAAAACCUCUGUCUGCUGUGAUAAAGGAGGUGUGCGAUGGCUGGAAUCUCCCAGGGUCUGACAACUAUGCUCUGCAGUAUGCUGAUGGAGUGCAGAUGUACAUCACUGAAUCGAAUCGUCUGGACAUUAAGAACGGCUGCAUUCUGCGUCUGACCAAGGCACCGGGCCGCUGCGCAGAGGAUUUGUACAAGGGUAUCCAAAGCUUGGAUGCAGGCGUGCGCUGCGAUUCGCUCAAGCAACUAGCCAGCGUUUCAACAGAUGUGACCUUUGCGCAGGAGUUCAUCAGCCGAGAUGGACACCUCUUAUUGGUCAAGAUUGUAGAGGACUCUAAUGAGAGUAAUGUGAUUAUGACCCACACACUGACGGGUUUCAUGGAGCUGAUGGAUCACGGGAUAGUUUCAUGGGAGAACCUCUCUUCUGUCUUCAUCAAAAAGAUUGCCGGCUUUGUGAACGCCAAGCCGACCGAUGCAUCAAUACAGCAGGUGUGCUUGGACAUCCUGGAGAGCAUGGUGCUCAGCAGCCACAGCCUUUUCCUGCAAGUCAAGCAGGAAAUCACCAUGGAGAAGCUCAUUGCUCACCUUCAGGUGACAAAUCAGCAGAUACAGACCAAAGCCAUGGCCUUACUUAUGGCCCUACUACAAACAGCUGGAGACUCAGACCGAAAGGAUAUGUUUGAUUUCCUGACUAAGAAGAAUCUCCGUCAGUAUAUAUAUAAGAACAUAAUCCAUAGUUCUGGUUCAGUCCAAGAUGAGAUGGCCCACUACCUCUACGUCCUACAGUCAGUUACCUUGAAUCUCCUGGAGCCCCGCAUGAGGACGCCUCUGGACUGUUGCAGCCCGGAACAAAGAGAGAUCCUUCACAAUUUGAGGCAGGCAGCGUUUGAGACAGAAAGUGAAAACAGCCUGAGUCACGAAAGACGACGAUCACUCUGUGCCAAAGAAUUCAGGAAACUGGGGUUUUCUAAUAAUAGUAACCCCGGUCAGGAUUUGUCGCGAACGCCUCCUGGUCUUUUAGCUUUGGAUACCAUGUAUUAUUUUGCCAUACGUUAUCCUGAUGCCUACAGCAGGUUUGUCCUGGAGAACAGCAGCCGAGAGGACAAGCACGAGUGUCCCUUUGCCAGGAGCAGCAUCCAGCUCACACUCAUCCUGUGUGAAAUCCUUCGGAUCGGAGAGCCACCCUCAGAGACGGGAUCCGACUACCACCCCAUCUUCUUUAGUCAGGAUCGACUGAUGGAGGAGCUUUUCUGUGUCUGUAUUCAGCUGCUUAAUAAGACCUGGAAAGAGAUGAGAGCCACACAGGAAGACUUUGACAAGGUGAUGCAGGUGGUGAGGGAGCAGAUCACCAGGACUCUGGCUAGUAAGCCGACCUCCUUGGAGCUCUUCAAGAACAAAGUUAAUGCUCUCAACUACAGCGAGAUCCUCAAACUGCGGCAGACAGAACGGCUGCACCAGGAAGAAACCCUCGCUCCACCUGUACUUGAACUCAAAGAGCGCCUGAAGCCAGAGCUGCUCGAGUUGAUCCGCCAGCAGAGGCUCAACAGGCUGUGUCAGGGCACGAUGUUCAGAAAGAUCAGCAGCCGACGCAGACAGGAUAAACUGUGGUACUGUCGUUUGUCACCCAAUCACAAAAUGCUUCACUAUGGUGACGUGGAGGAAGACAUGGAAAAUCCACCAAUAGAAACACUGCAAGAGAAGAUUCCGGUAGCAGAUAUCAAAGGCUUGCUGACGGGUAAAGACUGUCCUCACAUGAAGGAGAACAAAGGCAAACAGAACAAGGAGGUCCUCGAUCUGGCAUUCAGCAUUACAUAUGAUGUAGAGGAGUACAGCCUGAACUUCAUUGCCCCCUCCAGAACUGAUUUCUGCCUGUGGACAGAUGGCUUGAGCGUGCUCCUCGGCCGGGACAUGAGCAGUGAAUCGAUGCGGAGCGAGCUGGAGAUCCUCCUGUCUAUGGAGAUUAAGCUCCGCCUCCUAGACCUGGAGAACGUUCCCAUACCCGACAGCGCCCCGGCCGUCCCCAAACCUCCGAGCAACUUCAACUUCUGCUACGACUUCAGCCAGACUGAGCAGUAGAGCGUGCAUGUGUGAAUGUGUAAAUAUGUGUGUAUGUCUGAAAUAAGACGUGUGUGCGUGGUGUGAUUUGACCUGUGCAUAACUCUGACAUUGGAAUUUCUUUAGGAUUUUUUUUUUUUUUUUUUUUUUAAAACAUCCAAGUGAAACAAGGAACAGGAGAAAAGAUGCGGGAAGUGACUCGGACCACAUUAGUAGUUGUGGUGGGAGAAAAUCAAUACUGAAUGGCUACUGUCCGUAUUAAUGAUGCAGAUGUUGAUGCUCAGCAUUCCUUCUUUCUGUUCCUCCCUGCACUGAAAUCUUCACACAUAGCUCAAAAAAAACAACAAAAAAAAACCACAGGUACUGGGAAAAUGAAAUUCUUUACUUUUAUAUAACCACUCAAAUAAUGGUACUUUACAUUUGUUUUACAAUCAUUUUAUAUUUUUGAAUAUAAAUAUAUGUCUAAAUAUGUAUGAGGUAUACUCCUGUGUGGAAAGGCUGUAUUUCUGUUAAAUUCUGGUAUUUUUCUGUUGCGUUUCCUUUUAUUUUUAAUAACGGGCAUUAACUGCAACACAGUGCUCUCUCACAAUAUGCUGUGUGUCAUUUCAUUUCCGCCAUAUGAAAGACAGCAGGUCUUCAAUGUUGGACAUUAUUUUGCUUCAUAUACCUACAGGCACUUGUCUUUAUAUGGGUUUUAGCAGGACUGUGGAGAAGAGAUGCUAUAAAAUUUCUAUAUGGCUGCAUUAAUAAGCAGUCAUUUUUAAAAAAUUCUUUCUUGCAAACAGGCAAAUUUACCUCUGUCGCAAUCAUGGUACCAAUUGCAAAAUAUGAUCUUUGUGUUUGUCUGAAGUGCCUCGCAUCAAAUCUCAUUUUAACUCUAAAACUGAUUUUGAUAACACGAUGGAGGCACCGGGCUCUGUCACAGCAUUACACUCACCAGGCAUUCAGUGGCGACACCUGGAGGAGCUACUUAAGAACUGACGGACUGAUUUUUGAGUGUUUUCAGCCUUUUCUUUAAGGAGAUUUAUUUCAUUUCAACACAGCUGUCCUCCACAGUGCAUCCUGACACACAAACCUCUGGGAUAAUGUUCACUUUGAAUCAUGUGCUUUGAGUGAAUUCACAUGAAUAAAAAGU